AUGGUGCCACGGGUGACGGAACAGCGGACGACACCGCGGCCAUCAAUCGAGCCGUUUCUGAUGGCAAUCGCUGCCAAUACCGUCUUGCCGACAACGGUUGUCACGUCAAAUGGCAAGACACAGACCUUUUCCGAGGAUCGAAUUCCGAGUCUUACAGAUUUGACAACCACCACCAAGGUCACUACGACCCUGAGUGAGAACGAGAUCCAAACGGCUACCUCAACCACCACUCUGAUUCCCGUUAUCUUCCCAGUCACGAAGGGUGGCUUUUAUUGGUCGCCAGUGCCGGAGCCAACUGCCCCGGAGUUCCCCAUCCCCUCCCUUCCCGACUUUCCUCCCGUUCCCUCGUCACCUUGUUUCAAGCUGGGAGAUCUGUUCUCUCGUAACUGUCCUCCAAAUGACAACAAGGCGCCACAGACAACACACUUUACCCGCGGUCCGAAUUACCCUAGCUGCCGCAGCAACUGUGGUCAUCUACGGUCCGAAACAGACAGCUCGUCCUCGAGCUCGUGUACCACCCAGAAUGUGACACCGUGCCCUAAGUGCAUCCUUAGCCAGGUAUUUGAAUUUCUCAACCUGUCCUGGCUUUAUCAAUUAAAUAUUUCAUUUUUGCCACGCAAUAACAGAGAUGCUUAUCUAGAUAUUCACCAUAGCGAAUCACACAGGAACAGCCCUCCCUCAGGCACAGACACCAGCUGCUCCUCAGAGAAGGAGAAAUGCAUGCAGCAUGCGCAGCUUUGGUUAAGAAACUCAGCACCGACUUUGCCAGUAAUAAACCCAGUGAUGUGA